AUGUCUCACCUCGACCCCUACUUCAAGCAAGUGGACAACCUGCAGGACAAGUUCAUUGAGAGACUGCGAGAUGCUGUCGCCAUUCCCAGCAUAAGCUCGGAAGAUGCGCGGAGACCGGACGUCAUGGGCGAGUGGCUCGCCGAACAGAUCAAAGCCCUCGGUGGAACCGUCGAGCUUCGCCAGCUCGGAAAGCAACCUGGCCGCGAACACCUGGACCUCCCGCCCUGUCUCCUAGGUCGCUACGGCGACGACCCAAACAAGCUCAACGUACUUGUAUAUGGCCACUACGACGUACAGCCCGCACAAAAGUCGGACGGCUGGGCAACGGAUCCCUUCACACUGACCAUUGACGAGAAGGGACGCAUGUUCGGCCGCGGAAGCACAGAUGAUAAGGGGCCAGUGCUGGGCUGGCUGAACGCCAUCGAGGCCCAUCAGAAGGCAGGAGUCGAGUUGCCAGUGAACCUGAUCAUGUGCUUUGAGGGAAUGGAGGAGAACGGUUCGGAGGGCCUGGAUGAUCUCAUUGCCGCUGAGGCGAACAAGUUCUUCAAGGACGUCGAUGUGGUGUGUAUCUCGGACAACUAUUGGCUGGGCACAGAGAAGCCGUGCCUGACGUAUGGCGUCCGUGGCUGCAACUACUAUGCCCUCGAGAUCUCUGGGCCCGGGCAGGAUUUGCACUCCGGUGUCCACGGAGGUGUGACGCACGAGCCGAUGACAGACUUGAUCAAGAUCAUGAGCUCCCUGGUGGAUCCGGAUGGCAAGAUUCUGAUCGAUGGCAUUGAUGAUUUGGUUGCGCCCGUGACUGAGCAAGAGGCAGCACUGUAUCCUCCUAUUGCUUUCACCAUGGAUGAUCUGAAGGAGUCGCUCGGCAACGACGUCUCCAUCUGGACCAACAAGGAGGACGCCCUCAAGCACCGGAUGCGCUACCCUUCACUCUCACUCCAUGGCAUCGAAGGUGCCUUCUACACCCCCGGGGCGAAGACAGUCAUUCCCGCCAAGGUCAUUGGCAAGUUCUCUAUUCGCACAGUGCCGAACAUGGAGAUCGACCAGGUAACCAAGCUCGUUGAGAAGCACGUCAACGAGCAAUUCGCGAAACUCAAGUCCAAGAACACAUUCAAGUUCCACGUCGUGCAUUGCGGCAAGUGGUGGGUCGAGGACCCCAACCACCCUAACUACACUGCCGCGGCCAAGGCUGUGGAGCGGGUGUUCGGCGUGAAGCCAGAUAUGACGAGGGAGGGUGGCAGCAUUCCGGUUACACUCACGUUCCAGGAGCAGCUUGGGAAGAACGUGUUGCUGCUUCCCAUGGGUAGCUCAACAGAUAUGGCGCAUUCGACAAACGAGAAGCUGGACAAGAGGAAUUAUAUUGAGGGCACGAAGCUGCUCGGAGCGUACUUGCACUACGUGGCCGGCGAGAUCAAGAGGAGUUGA